AUGAUUCUACAGACAUACCUUAUCGCUAUUGUCAAUUAUUUUAGCUUCUCGUCUUUUCAUGGAUCCCAUCAAGACUCAUUGCAAUACCCAUUGCAAUAUGACGAUGCAGAUAUUGUGCAUACGGUUCCUAAGACUCUUUCUUUUGUCCCUCCUGGCGCUGCUGAGUCUGCCCAAGCCGAACCCUUCACGUGCCAGUAUCCUGCAAUGGCAGAUGAGUACACCUACAAUGAUUCAGGAGAGAAUCGAAGCGUCUGGCUAAAGCAUCGUACCAAUUCUUCACUGGACUUCGACAUAAAUACAGACUAUGAAACAAGAUGGCCCAUUGGCAUUGAGCGGAAAUAUAUCCUCACCGUGGGUGAAAGAGCAUUGAAUUUGGAUGGUAUCGAAUUUCCCUACGCGAAGGUCGUCAACGGAAGCUUUCCUGGUCCUUGGAUCCAGGCAUGCUGGGGAGACAGGAUUAACAUCACCGUCAAGAACAACCUGUCCAUGAAUGGGACUGCAAUCCACAUGCAUGGGCUUCGGAUGCUAGACAAUGGUCUCAUGGAUGGUGUGCCUGGUGUAACUCAGUGCCCCAUUGCCCCGGGAGACACCUUCAGCUAUGUUUUCAAUACAACUCAAUAUGGCACGACAUGGUACCAUAGUCAUUACAGUCUCCAGUACUCUGACGGCGUACUUGGCCCGUUGACUAUCCACGGGCCGACAUCGGCUGAUUAUGAUAAAGCGAUCGAUCCCAUCAUCUUCACUGAUCAUAAUCACCGAAGCGCCUUCAUGGAAUACUAUCAAGAACAGUUUGCUACUGCGAACUUGAGCCGAGUCCCACCCAAGCAGACUAGCAUUCUUCUCAAUGGCCACGGUAUCUAUGCCGGAUCCUUCCCGCAUAGGCGAUACAAUAAGAAGGUGAAGCCGGUAAGAAUCUACGGCAAAAGGUACAUACUACGGGUUAUAAAUGGGUCGACCGAUACUACGUUCAUCUUCAGCAUUGAUGGUCACAACCUCACGGUGGUCGGCAUGGAUCUGGUGCCAGUCCAACCAUUUACCACAGACCAUCUCUAUGUCGGAAUAGGCCAGCGAUACCACGUCGUCCUUGAAACCAAGACCGAGUUUGAUGAUUCUGAGAACGGGGCAUACUGGAUCAGGGCCGACCCUGCUGAUGGAUGCCACAACUUUGAAACCUUCCCCGACGCCAGACAGGGUAUCCUCUGGUACGAAGGAGGUUAUCCCCCAAUCCCAACAACAAACUCACAUCCCUACAAUAACACAUGCAGCGAUAUGCUUGAUCUGGAACCGAUCGUCCCUUGGACCGUUGAUCAGCCACCACCAAUUAUACCCAUGGUUCAAUAUAACAUGGCCCAGGCAUCUAUUACGACAGCGACAAUCACGAUCGGUCCGUAUAACCUUUCGGCAGAGGGAGACGACCCUCAGGUGACAGUCAAUUCCUGGAAGUUCUUGAACGAUACUCUCCGGGUGAACUACGAGCUGCCAACAGUCAACCAUCUCGAUCCCCCAUACAAUACAAGUGAAGUGAUUUAUCUCGCUGCGGAAGGGCAACUUGCGGAGACUACAUGGAAUUACAUGCUGUUGAUUGGGGGUGAUACAGAUAACCCAGCCCCGGUAACUGGGGGUGCUCUAGCUCCAGUCGCACACCCAAUCCAUCUUCACGGUCAUGAUUUCGCAGUCCUGCAGUACUCGACUGACAAGUACAACAGCUCAGAAAACUUAAAUUUCACUCUCCAAAACCCACGCCGACGGGACGCUGUCCUUCUUCCCCUGAAUGGAUUUAUCGUGAUUGCAUUCAAGACCGAUAACCCGGGUGCUUGGACACUCCACUGCCAUAUUGCAUGGCAUGCCUCUGCCGGUUUGGCGCUUCAGGUCCUGGAAGAAGGAGACGUGUUCAAAACACAUAUUGAAGACUCCUCAAUUGCGAGGAAUCAGUUGGAUAGAACCUGCCAAAACUGGCAGACGUGGUUUGCAGACAAAACCAACCGCUGGAAUCCAGAUGGGCGGUUCCAGGAUGACUCGGGGAUUUGAAUCGGACCUGUCCCGAUUCUUUAGUUUUCAUCCUGGGGGGUAGUAGGUAUUAGAUGUCUUUCGAGAAAAGUAGCAUUGGCCAUUGAUGCAAAUACUACUAUGUGGCAGCUGGUACGCCAUGACGUAUCUUAGGAUUCUGGAUAGUGAUCACAGGUGCGAUUAGAAGGGUCGCCAAGAUACUAAGAUAUAAAUUGCCGGUUUCACCUCGCACAAAGUGCAAUCUUAGAAAUGAGAAGACGACGAUAGCACCAGGUACACCUAAUCAAGUGGUCAGACAAAGGCCCGAAGCCCAUGUACCUUGGCUCUCCUCCUCCCUCCCCCAAGGCACCGUUGUGUCCGGGGCGAUUGCCGAUCCGCGUGGACCAAAGUUGAAUCUUGUGAGAAUUGGACCUCGGCAGAACGAGGGC